AUGGAAGUUGGGGAGGUUCGCCUCGAGGGAUUCGAACCAGCCACCCUCAGAGUAAGGGACGCUGACAGUGACAAUGAAGACGAGUCCGAGCUCACAGCGGGACACGAAGUGCCUACGGGAGGCCUGCCGGCCUGCCGGCCUGCCAACGGGCGCGAAACUUCUCAUUAUUCACCAAAAGUCAGCACCGCCGGCCGCCUGGAGUCUGAAUGGAUCGACGGCUUCAUCAUUGUCCUAUUUACAUAUUCACGAAACUCACGACUUUACCAAUAA